CACUUGAGCAGAAAUAUGGCACACUUCCUAAAGCCUUCUCACCUUCUUCUCUUUGUUUUCUUUCUCUCGUUACUUCAAUCCAUUCUACCAACAAGACCAGAGGGAGAAGCUCUUGUGAAAUGGAAGAAUAGCCUAGCCCCGUCUUCUUUUCUCGAUUCUUGGUCACUAACCAAUCUCGAUAAUCUUUGUAACUGGACUGGCAUUACUUGUAACUCUGCAGGUUCAGUCUCUGGGAUUAACCUUUAUGAGAAACAACUUGAUGGAAUGCUGUCCGAGUUUGGCUUCACUUCAUUUCCGAAUCUCAACAAUCUCACCCUCGCAUACAACUUCUUCUCGGGUCCAAUACCACCAGCCAUUGAGAAUUUAACACAGCUUCAAUAUCUUGAUUUAAGCAUCAAUAGUCUCGAUGGUCCCAUUCCUUUCCAGGUUAGCCAUCUUCAGAGGUUGCUCGUCCUAAACCUGUCACAGAAUGCAUUGCAAGCUCCAAAUUGGUCCCAUUUCUCUUCCAUGCCUUUUUUGCGCAUCCUCAAGCUCAGUAGGAAUCAUCUUGUAUCGAAAUUUCCAGAAUUUAUAUCCAAUUCUCAUAGCUUGGCUAUCCUUGACCUUGGCCAGAACAACUUUACAGGUGAUCUUGUGCGUGAAUUUACCAAUCUACAAAAUCUUGAAACCCUCUGGCUUUAUCGUAAUUCUUUUGAGGGGCCAUUUCCGCCGGAUAUAGUCCAGCUUUCCAAACUAAAAGAUCUUGCCCUGUCAAGUAACAAAUUUUCAGGUUCAGUUCCCAAUAACAUAAGGUUGCUUUGUGAUCUUGAAUACCUAUAUUUAGGCAACAAUUCCUUUAAGGGGCCACUUCCACCAAAUAUAUUUAAGCUUUCAAAAUUAAAACAUCUUGUUCUUUGGAGUAAUAAGUUUUCAGGUUCUGUUUCCAAUGAUAUAGGUUUGCUUCAUGAGCUUGUAACCCUCAAUCUUAACUCUAAUUUUUUUGAGGGGCCGCUUCCGCCAAAUGUAUUCAAGCUCUCCAAACUAAAGUUUUUUGCCCUUCAUGAGAAUAACUUUUCAGGUUUUAUUUCUAAGGAUAUAGGUUUGCUUUCCGAACUUGAAAUCCUCUAUUUUGGCUCUAAUUUUUUUGAGGGGCCGCUUCCUCCACAUGUAUUUAGGCUCUCCAAAUUAAGAGGUCUGGACCUCUCACACAAUAGAAAUUUAUUUGAAGGAAGUAUUCCUAUUGGACUGGGACUCUUGACUAACCUCAGGUACUUAGAUCUACAUUCCAAUAAUCUCGGUGGCUAUAUUCCAUCUGACAUUGGAAACCUGAAGCUACUAGUACUUCUUGAUCUCGGUUCUAAUCAAUUGACUGGACCGCUUUCAAAGAUCGUUUCUAAUCUCACAAAUCUUAUAUGUCUUGAUGUAAGUCAUAAUAGUCUUAGUGGAAAUAUUCAGAGUGACUUGUGGAAAUAUAACGAUCAUCCAACUUUGGAAUACAUCAAUUUAAGUGGGAACCAUUUUACGGGUGAGCUUCCAACAACAAUUUGCAAUGUCACUUCCCUUUCGGUUCUUGAUUUGUCAAAUAAUGAAUUAAGUGGUGCACUUCCAAACUCUUUGGGGAAUCUUGCUGAUGGAAUGCUUUACCUUAAUCUUGCUAAUAAUCAGUUUCGAGGAACAAUACCAACUACUUUCUCCAGGAGUUGUCGGUUGACAUAUCUAAACAUGGAUAAUAAUGAGUUUGAAGGAUUGUUGCCCCCAUCUUUGGCGAACUGUAAGCACUUGAAAAUUCUUGAUAUAGGCAAUAAUAAAAUAGGUGGUACAUUUCCGUCAUGGCUUUAUGCACUUGGAGAGCUAGAAGUUCUUGUCUUGCGAUCAAAUAAACUCUAUGGUACGAUAAGUGGAAGGAGCAUAGAAGAUCCCUUCCCCAAGUUGCGGAUUGUGGAUCUGUCCCACAAUCAAUUGACAGGCUAUUUGCCAAUUCAAUACUUUAAGAAUAUGAAAUCAACUGAUAAUUUGUAUCGUUAUCGGAAUUCCACAGGACCAUUAUCUUUCUCUUAUGAAGCAGCAGUCUCAUUAACUGUGAAGGGAACAGAGUACGAGGUAGCAAAGAACCUUCAUAUUUACACAGCCAUUGACCUGUCGUGCAACAAAUUUCAGGGAGAAAUUCCAAAGGUUACUGGAGAGCUUAGAUGGCUUGCAUUGCUGAAUUUAUCUCAUAAUAGUCUGACAGGACCUAUCCCAUCCUUGCUGAAAAAUAUGAAAGAACUCCAAUCUUUAGAUUUGUCCUCAAAUCAACUGACAGGGGCUAUUCCACCUCAGUUAACUGCAUUGACAUUUCUGGAGGUCUUCAACCUCUCGGGAAACCAUCUUAGUGGAGAGAUUCCUCAGAAAGGGCAGUUCAGCACAUUUAACAAUGAUUCUUAUCUAGGAAACUCCGCGUUAUGUGGAUCACCUUUGACAAAGAAAUGUGCAAACACAGCAUCACCUCCACAAGAAGUCGGAAAUGGUGAUGAAGAUGAUGCUGGUGAUGAAUGGACAUGGGAAGCAAUCGUGAUGGGAUAUGGAUGUGGACUGAUAUGUGGAUUGUCAUCUGCGUACAUUGUUCUCAAACUAGGAAAGCCUUGGUGGUUUGUGAGAUAUAUCGAAGUGCUGCAACUGAAGUUGAUGAAAAGAUAUGCUUGAAAAAUUGUACUGGCCGAUCAAGACGAACUUGAAAGUUGUUGUCCUUGUGGACAUUUCUGAACCAGUAGUGUACUAGCUGCAUAAGUAUUUGGUAUUAUGUAAUAAUCCGUUUGGUCAGGACUCAUAAUGAUUUCUCUU